CGUUUUGUCACAGUUACAAUUUACCAUUUGUCGGCGACGGACGCGCGCUCUCCGCUUAGCCAAGUAAAAUUGAAAACCGAAGAAAAGCUCGCUCAGCUAACGGUUCUUCAGGAGCGUUUCUAACACCACUACAAACGCCGCCAACAGCAGUCGUCGGCCCGUCUCGUAUAAAAUCUGUUGCAUCACUGCUGCGGCACUUCAGUCGUUCGAGCGCGUGCGGCCGGAGAAGUGCAGUUUACAAACACGAAAUAAAAAUCAAAAAUCAAAAGCAAAAAAUAAAAUAAACAUAUUAAUAACAAGAACUAAACAACAAGCGAAAAUGCUUGGCUGCAGUGACCACUUAGGCAGCCUAAAAUGAAGCUUAAAAUUUAACCAGAAAUUGGGAAAAAGAACUUUGAAAACAUUUCCAAAGACCCGCUUACCUCAGUGCAAUGCUUUAGGCCUUAAAUUUAAAUUUUGAUUUAAACCGAAAUCUGAACUCUAAAAAACAUCCAAAAUUAACGCUCUACAAGGCAUCAAGAUUUUACCCUCCUUCGCGCAACUGAAAAUGCUGAACAUGGAGUCGCCGCAGAUGUACGCCGAUGCCGUUCAGACAUUGGCCCAGCUGGACCUCAAGAAGGAGCCCCCGCUGCAGCAGGCGACCAUUGGCCAAAUAACCCUGACGGCCAUGUCCACGGCACAACAGCAGCAGCAACAGCAGCAGCAGCAACAACAGCAGCAACAACAGCAGCAACAGCAGCAGCAGCAACCUCAGCAACAGACAACCGAUGCCAACAACAACACUUCCCAGGAUGCGGCCCUUCUCGUUAAGCAGCACGCCAUGCAUCAAAUGCAACAGGUUGCCGCCUUGGGCAGCAACAACAACUUGCUGCAGAAGCAAAUGUUGCAGCAGUACACAACCCAAACGGACCUGGACGAACUGACCACCCAGGAGAUAACCCUUGACCUGCAACACCUGAUCGACGAUCAGUUCAGGGAUACGGAAACGCUGGGCAUCUUCAGCGACAUGGUGACCAGUCCAGGUGGUCUCUCGGCCACUCUACCGCCCAGCGGAAUGGUCUCGGCUGCGGCGAAGGUCCUGCAGCAGCAAACCCUGAGGAAUCAGCACGGAUACGUGGGCAGGGGAGGUGGUGGAGGAGGAGGUGGAGCGCUGGCCUACAUGCCACAGCCUGUUCAUGCCACCUACAACAAUUCCAGCGACGAGAACAGCUCCGUGGGCUCCGAUUCCAGUACGAUCAAGGAGGAGCCCAUAGAUCCGGAGUACAGAAGACACCUCCAGGAGGCUGCCAACCAGCAGGCUGCCUUUAUGGGCAACGGUGGAGGCCUCUACAACGGCUAUGGAGCGGGAGCUAAUGGACUGUCCGGAGGAAACCCCCUCAACGGAGGCAACACCACUCCGAGCAGCAAUGGGAGCAACGGCAGCACGGGCAGCAGCAAUGGCAGCCAGUUCACCAACCUGACAACCGCCAAUGUCCUGGCCCAUCACAACCUUCCUCACCUGGCAGCCGCUGCAGGAGCCCAGCAUCUGCUGAAGCAGCACAGCAAGUUGCAUGCACAGCAGCAACAUCAGCAGCACCAGCAGCAGCAGCAGCAUCGGAAGCACAGCAACAAGCAUGUGGACAAGGGCACGGAUGAGUACCGGAGGAGGCGGGAGAGGAACAACAUUGCCGUGCGGAAGAGUCGGGAGAAGGCCAAAGUGCGUUCGCGGGAGGUGGAGGAGCGGGUGAAGAGCCUGCUCAAGGAGAAGGACGCCCUCAUCCGGCAGCUGAGCGAAAUGACCAAUGAACUGCAGCUCCACAAGCAGAUCUACAUGCAGCUGAUGAACCACGCCAAUCCCGAGGUGAGCCGCGUGUGCCGCAGCUUCCUGAACACCAAUGAGCACUCGCUGUAGCAGAUACAAAGAUAGUGUCCUUUGGGCAUGAGAAUGAGUGUGUGUGACUGCCUGAGUGUGUGAGUGUUUCAGUCUGUAAGUCUGUAAGUCUGUAAGUCUGCGUGUGUGUGUGUGUCUAAGAGAGACUCUGUUAAAUCAAAGAUUCAAAAUGCUGUGUGGGUAGCUCGUAAGAACCAUUUUCCUUCUGCUAUUCAUCGUCUUGGUAAGCGGUCGUAGAUGAUGCAGCGGCAAACGAUAUUCACCUGAGCUUACCAGCCGCUUCAUCGUUUACGACCUUCUCAAACUCUUCUGCCGCAACGUCUGGCAUUCCUUUGUACAUUUACUCUGCUCCCCCUCUACGCCCCCUUCUUGUUAUCAUUGUAAAGCAUAUUUUUGUACUUAAUUCUUAACGACUGUAACAUAUAUUUCGCACAUUUUUAUACAUAAUCUUAUACAUUAUUAUCUUAUCAUAAAGUUAAGCCAAAGAAAAAUGUUAAAAAUAUUAAUGUAAAAAAUAACACGCAGGAAGAGAAAACGGAAAAUA